AUGGAGCAAAUAAUUAAAGAGUUCAAUAAACUUUCUCAUUCGAACGGUUUUGAGAAAUGUAUUUUUCACGUUGAUAAAUUUAUCAGCGUUUUGGAGCAGACCAGAAGUAAAAUAAUAUCAGAUCCUGAUAACGCCAACAUCUAUCUUGAAACUUUAAAAAAGGAAGUUGAAGUUCUUUCUUCUAAAGUUAAAAGUGCCGAGAAGGAGAUUUAUUUAUCAAUAUCAAAAUUUGGGAAAUGCCUUGAUAAAGUGUUUAAAUUAGAUUUAUCCUCUGCUUAUAAUCCAAAACUUUUUCCUAUUCAACAUAAAGAAGAACUUGAUAAAGCAAUUUUGAUGCACCUUGCACGAUCUGGAUACUUUGAAGUCGCCUAUGACUUUCGUGAUGAAGCACACGUUACCUUAUCCAGUGAUUUACUGGACCAGUUUUCCGUAAUGUAUUCAAUUGUGAAGUCGAUACAAAAUCAAGAUCUGACACUAGCAAUCGGGUGGGCUAUAGCUAAAAGACGUCAAUUACUAGAUCAUGGUAGUAAUAUGGAAUUUAUUUUGCAUAAAGUUGAGUUUAUUAGAAUAUUACAAGAGGAAAACAAUGAUUUAAAAGCUUUAGCAUAUGCACAAACCAACAUGUCCUAUUUUGGAGAAAGGAGUGGCUAUACUUCUCCUUAUCGGAAACUUUUUGAGGUUCCAUCUUAUGAUAAGUUAUCAUGGUUAUUUGCCGCGGAAUUCUGUUCGCUAAUGGGACUUAGUCCUGAAUCUCCUAUAUAUUUAGCUGUUUUAGCAGGGACUAUGGCUUUACCUGUUUUAGCAAAGAUGGGGGCUGUGAUGAAGUCCCAAAAAGCAGAAUGGACAUCUGCAAAUGAAUUACCUACAGAGAUUGAACUACCUUCCAGCCUAAUUUUUCAUCAAAUAUUCGUUUGUCCAGUAUCCAAAGAACAAACUACAGAUUUAAACCCUCCAAAGUUGUUACCCUGUGGUCAUAUUAUAGCUGACCAAAGUCUUAGUUCCAUGAAAAAAGAUACAGUUACAGGUAAAAUGAAAUGUCCAUAUUGUCCCUUUACAUCUACAUGUGAUGAAUCCAGACGUGUUUAUUUUUAA